AUGUGCAAGAAAACGAAGGGAAGACAGAGAAACUCGAGUUCUUGGGGCCCUCGACCUCCCGUGGUUUUGCCCUACUGGGAGCUGAAAGUUUCGGGAAAACCCGAAAACAUGGAGUUCCAACCUAAUAGAGUAGGAACGCGUUCCAGCAAUAAUUUCUACCAUCAAUCUUCUUCUGCUUGUGGUGUAUUUGCCUUUAAAUUUGAUAUUGCUGAGGAAAUUCGAGGUCAAAGACACGGAUCUGAGCGACUUCAUCGGCAAAGAUGGUGGGUUGCGGUAGCGGCCGUGGCGCCUAUUACAAGGCAAAAUACGGCGGUAGAGGGAGAGGUGGGAGACAGCAUCAUUCUGCGGGAGGAGGGGCCCCUCAUGGUUUUGCCUCGGCUGGAGGAGGGGGCCCGCAUGGUUUUGGCUCGGCGGGAGGGGGGGGUGGCCCAGACUAUACCGCCGAACGCAGGCCAUUUCAUGAAGAAGAAGACGAUAGUGUAG